AUGCUAAAGGAAGAUUUAGUUCAGAAAGUGGAAGAAGUUGGUGGAAUGUGGAAAACAGACACAGAGGUUGAUGAGCAGAUUGCCAAAAUAAGCAAGGAAAAAGACAAGAAAAUUGCCAUCAAAACCCAGAUCCAGUUCGAAAGAUAGUGCUCGGGGCAAAGCAUAAAGAUAAAAAAGUAUUUCAAAUGCCGUCUGAAGGUAAAGCAUUUAGCAGUCAAGUGCUGGUCAGUAAUUUUAAAUAAUUCAUCAAUCCAUUGAAGACAGCAAAAAGGUGACCGAGCUUGAAAACCCUCAUCUCACAUAAUGAAAAUGUUGGAGCAAAAAGAACUAUACAAACAACGAGCCAGCAAAGAAGUGAAAAAAGCUGGAGGAAAGGAGACAGUCCAACUAACAAUGAUAAAAGAUCUGCAAAGCGAAAGAAGGAUGGCCAAUAAAAUGAAAAUGUUCCAACUAUAGUUGUAGCAGUACAUCUUGUUGGAAAACAGGUCUCUCAUCAUUGUUUCGAGAAUGAUGAAGCUGGUUGUCAUUAAUAUAAGUGAGACCAAUAACAAGGACCCUGACCUCUACAUCAGAUAUGACGGCUAUGACUCUCUCUACAUCUUUUCAUACCAUGAUUUUAAAGAUGGUAAUGUCAAACUAAUACCAGUAUCUGAAGAGGACUUCUUGGGUAAAAGGAUAUCCCAAAGAUUUGAAGAUGAAGCUCAAAAUCACAGCUGGUGGGAAAAUGGCAGAGUACUACAGAUUGUAGAAGGUAGUGAUGACACUAACCCUGAGUUUGUCAUUGAAUUUGACUCCAACCAGAAUUAG